AUGGAUGGUUCAGCGAAGGCUUCCAAGAAAGAAAGAUCAUUGGACGAUUGCCUACAAACUGGCCCAAACCAACUACCGUACGUCUUUAACAUGAUAGCUAACUUCCGAAAGAACAUUGUUGGCCUUACCGCUGACAUUGUAAAAGCUUUCCUGAUGGUUGGAAUUCAGGACGAUCAGCGAGAUUUCCUCCGAUUUUUGUGGUUUGACAACCCAAGCUUAGAGAACCCGAAGAUCAUUCAUCUCAAGUUCACACGACUGGUAUUUGGGCUUCAUCCUUCGCCGGCUAUUUUAGGAGCCACAAUUUUGCAUCAUCUCAAAUUGUACAAGCAAAGUGACCCAGAAAUGGUCGAGCUCCUAGAACAAUCGUUCUAUGUGGAUGAUCUGUUAACGGGGAAGUGCAACGAAGAAAAGGCUCUCGCUAUUUAUCAUAGAGCAAAGAAGUUGAUGUCCGAAGGAGGUCUUAACCUCAGAAAGUGGAAGACCAACUCACUAGAAGUACAAAGAGCAAUCGCGAAGUCAGAAAGCGUGACGAAGUCAAUAAGCGCCCACAGUAACAACAAAGAAGAGAGUCAAGAAGACGACGAAUCGUACGCCAGAUCAAACACUCAGGAUCUCAGCUCUAACACGCCAAUUGAUGAAGACAUCUUCGUGAAGGUUUUAGGAAUGAACUAG